AUGUCACCUCCCUCAGACCCUGGUAUGAUGCAGGCCGUCGUGUUCCACGGCCCUUACAAGGUCGCCGUGGAGCAGCGACCUAUUCCCAAGGUGCAACACCCAGAGGAUGUUGUGGUCAAGGUUGGAUAUACCGCACUCUGUGGAAGUGAGCUGCAUAUGUUCCGUGGCGUGGAGCCUGCAGGAACUGGCUUCGUUAUGGGCCACGAGUUUGUAGGAGAGAUCGUGGAGACGGGCAGCGCUAUCACGACUCUCCAAAAGGGGGACCGUGUGGUCACCGCAUUCACCACUUCAUGCGGGGAGUGCUUCUACUGCAAGCAUGGAUGGUCUUCUCGCUGCGACAAGAGCGGUCUCUUCGGAUGUGACAACUUGGAUGGCGGACAGGCCGAAUAUGCCCGUAUUCCCAAUGCUGAAGGCUCUGUGCUGAAGGCCCCCGAGGGAGUGGACGAGAAGUACUUGGUGCUCAUGGGUGACAUCUUCCCCACUGGAUGGUUUGCUGCCAACAACGCGUUCAAGAAUUCCACCCCGGAACAGAUUGCUGAGCAGACAGUCGUGCUGAUUGGCUGUGGUCCUGUUGGCCUCUGUGCCCUGAUCAAUGCCCUCGAGUACAAGCCUAAGCACAUCUUGGCUGUGGACUCCGUCCCCUCGCGUCUGGAGCUUGCCAAGUCACUCGGUGCUGAGCCCUGGAACUUCCAGCUGGAUCGUGCCGGUUUGGACAAGCGAGUGCUGGAGUUGACUAACGGACGUGGUGCCGAUGCAGUCAUUGAGGUGGUUGGAUUGAGCCCUGCCCUGCGCACUGGCUAUGAUCUUCUCCGUCCCUUUGGCACCCUCAGCAGUGUGGGCGUCCACAACGGAGAGAUUCCUUGGGAUGGCAACGAUGCCUACAACAAGAACCUGACCGUUCAAAUGGGACGAUGCCCUGUCCGCUCUGUCUCUGCUCGGGCACUCGAGGUGCUCAAGAAGAAUCAGGAUAAACUUGGCUUCAUGGCCGAUAAGAUUAUGCCGCUGUCCCAGGCGGUGGAGGGCUACGAGCUCUUUAACGCCAUGAAGGUGCAGAAGGUGAUCUUCAAGGCGGAUCAAUAG